AUGGAUCUACUCCUGACAUACCUAUUAUUCAAGGUGGUGGCACUGGCUGGAACGGUGCAACCCAGUGUGAAGCUGGUGCAUGCUGCAGUUAUCAAAAUCCUUGGUACUCUCAAUGCCUCCCAGGAAACUGCAUGCCUCUCCCCGGGAUGCGGUAAGUCUCUGACGUUGAACAGCGGAACGUAUACAGCAACUGUGAAUGGCGUCCAACGCCAGUAUAUCCUGGCACUUCCUCAAGGAUAUGACCGCAGCCGACCCUACAAACUCAUCUUUGGCUACCACUGGCUGGGUGGGACGAUGCAGGAUGUUGCCGGUGGAUCCUACUACGGGGUACAGCCGCUGGCUACCAAUGGGGCCAUUUUCGUCGCUCCACAGGGACUGAACAAUGGUUGGGCCAACACGGGUGAUGACGAUAUCGCCUUCACUGACCAGAUGCUGGAAACGCUCCAAGCGGACCUUUGCAUCGAUGAAACCCAAAUAUAUUCAAUGGGAUGGAGUUACGGUGGAUCAAUGUCUUACGCGCUUGCCUGCGCUCGUCCUGACGUCUUCCGGGGGGUUGCCAUCAUGUCUGGGGCAAAUCUCAGUGGGUGUAGCCCUGGCACACAGCCGGUGGGGUACUAUGCGCAGCAUGGAGUUUCUGACUCGGUUCUCCCUAUCGCGCUGGGACGUCAGAUUCGAGACACUUUCGUGACCGAUAAUCACUGUACGGCGCAGAACACCCCAGAGCCUGCGGCGGGAAGUGGAACGCAUAUCAAAACCGUAUAUUCCGGGUGCUCAACCGGUCAUCCGGUAUGGUGGAUUGCAUUUGACGGUCCACACGAGCCCUUGGCGACUGAUGUGGGCGCAAGCGCCUCAUGGACUCCAGGCCAGAUAUGGAGUUUUAUCUCGCAAUUUGAUUAG